AUGGCUCUGCUUUCGCCUGUCAAAACUUCGAACGACAGACGCAUGGCACGUUCUGUCACCACUGGCGGCCCUAUGGGAGUGAACAGCCAGCCUCCGGUUUUUCUCCGAAACCAAUUGUCAUAUACUUCGGUCCGGCACCAGAGCCGGGAGAUCGACGCGCAGGGACUCUACCCUUCAACCGCCUGCGUUUUUGUUGCUAAUUUGCCCGAACCCAAGGACGACUACACUCUUGAGGCCGCUGUCACUCGGGUCUUCAGCCGAUAUGGUACAGUCUUCGUCAAGAUUCGACGCGACAAUAAGCACAUGCCUUUCGCAUUCUGCCAAUUUACGAAGAACGAGGAUGCCAAAACUGCCAUGGAGCAGGGCAAGGGCGCCAUGAUCUUUGGCCGCCCCUGCCGCACAGAGAUGGUUAAAGCGAACUGCUCUUUCAUCGUUUGGAAGCGUCGCGGCGGUGAUACCACAGUUGAUGAAGUUCGUGAGGUCCUGGAGCCGUUUGGUGAGCUGACCAAGUGCGAGCCCCUUGACGACGAGGUUCGGCAUGCCAUCAGAAUCCGCUCUGCUGUUCACGUUGAAUUUAGCAACUUUGAUCCGAGCCGUGAUCUCGGCUCUGGAGUUCGCCAAUACGGAGAGUAUCAGAUUGAUCCCUUCGACCCCAAGAAGAAACUGUGGGGCGCCCGCCCCGAUGCUGAUAAAGAGUAUCUCAAGCAAUAUGACGUCGAUCGUCGCACCGUCUAUGUCACUGGACUUCCCCUUGAUGUUGACGAUGCCGAAAUGACGGACUUCUUCUCCGAGGUCGGCCAGGUGUCUAAAGUUCAUAUUGUUAAGAGACCUGGCUACGAUGUGAUCUACCGGGCCUUUGCAUUUGUUGAGUAUGCCCGAGGAGACAUGCCCGACAAGGCGGUCGAUCGAUUCAGAAACGAUGUCAUGCGUGGCCACAAGCUCAAGGUUGAGCGCAAGAUCAGUAAACAUCAAAUGCGAACCCCGCGGCGCGUCAAGUCGUUUGCCUUCCUCACUGGCAACCCGUCGGAUGGUAUUGAGAAGCAUCAAGCAGCCAACCCCAAGACGCCUGCUGCCUUCGAGGGCUCAGAGCAGUCUCCAGCCAUCAUUGCGUAUGGGACCCACAUGACUCCGGCGUCAGCGCCACCCACCCAGGGAUUUAUGAUGUACCCCGGCGUCGGCCACCAAAUGCUCGCCCCCGGAUACAUCAACACUCCCACGGGACCCCACGGGCCGGUUUUCGGCUAUAAUGGUAUGCCAGUCACGCCCUCUCCGGUUCCAACCGGAUACGCGCCGUAUAUGGGCGCAUACUGGCCUGGAGUCCCUUCUUCACAGGAUCGCACCGCAGGAAUGCCCCAUGGCCUAUACGGCUCGCCUUCCAACGUAGGCGGUGCUAUGGUCCCGGGUUCUGCGGGCCCAAACUACACCCCAGUCCACUAUGGCGCGAACUUUGGCGAGGACGUUGGCAACGACAAGUCCAGCGCCUAG